CUUAUCAUCGAUCAACUCCCAAUUCAUCAACAACCUCACGAACAGCAAUCCAUCAUGUCGCCAAAGGUCCUUUUCGUCUUGUCUUCCCACGACCAGAUGGGCAACACUGGCAAGCCUACUGGCUGGUAUCUUCCGGAAUUCGCGCACCCUUACUACAAGCUGGAGGGCAAGGCUGACAUCACAAUUGUGUCGCCAGCAGGAGGCAAGGCGCCCCUUGAUCCAUCGAGUGUCGAAAUGUUCAAGGAGGACGCAGAGUCCCAGAAGUUCCUUAAGGAGAAGUCCGCUCUUUGGGAGAACACCGAGAAGCUGAGCGAUUACAUUGGCAAGGCCAGCCAAUUUGACGCCAUCUUUUAUGUUGGUGGCCACGGACCAAUGUUUGACCUCGCGACCGACGAGAAGUCCCACCAACUCAUCCGCGAGUUCUACGAGGCCGGCAAAGUUGUGUCGGCAGUCUGCCACGGACCCGCUGCUCUCGCCAAGGUCAAGCUCAGCGACGGCUCAUACCUGGUCAAUGGCGCCGAGGUCACCGGCUUCUCCAACACCGAGGAGGACCAAGUCCAGCUUUCCAGUGUCAUGCCUUUCAUGCUUGAGGAUGAGCUGAAGAAGAACGGCGGCAAAUACGUCAAGGCUGAUGAGCCUUGGGGUGCGAAGGUCGUGAGCUCUGGCAACCAUGGGAAGCUUCUCACGGGACGUGGUACCAUCCUCACAGGACAGAAUCCAAACAGCGCUGGACCGAUCGGCGAGGCUAUUCUCAAGGCGUUGUAGGUCUGUCAGUAUUCACGAAGUUUAUGAAGGACAAUAGACGAC